UGUCAGAGGUUCCCAGGAUGCAUCGCGGCGUGCGGCCUCUCCUCUACUGUGGUGGACGCGGGUGAGUUAUCCACCAUGAAGCUUAACAAGUUGAAAACUUCGUCUCGGCGCAAGAACAGGCAUCGCUACUUCAAUGCGCCCUCGCACAUUCGCCGAAGGUUUAUGUCUUCCCCACUCUCCAAAGAACUGCGCCAGAAAUACAAUGUUCGUUCAAUCCCAAUCCGCAAGGAUGAUGAAGUUCAGGUUGUUCGUGGACAUUACAAAGGCCAGCAAGUGGGUAAAGUUGUCAGUGUGUACCGUAAGAAAUACUGCAUCUACAUUGAAAGAAUCCAGAGAGAAAAGGCUAAUGGUGCCUCAGUUUAUGUGGGCAUCCACCCCUCUAAGGUUUGUGUGGUGAAACUCAAGAUGGACAAAGAUCGCAAGAAGAUCAUUGAAAGGAGAGCGGCUGGGCGUGCUGCAAGGCAGGGCAAGGAUAAAGAGAAGUUCACUGCUAUGGAUACCUCUGCCUAAAUAAAGCCGCUUUUAAUUAUCA